CUCCGAGAUCCGGUCAAACCGCACCCCCUCUCGCCCUCCUCCCUGCUUUCCAGAAGAGCGUUCGCCGAGAGAUCCCAUACCCCAAAUUUACGCACGCCACGAAGUGCUUGGACUUUUCAUCAAACGAGUUAUUCCCAGUUUUUCGUUGGAGUAGCUGCACAAGAUGUCAACAGCCCGCGCCUCCCGCAAAAAGCGCGCCGUCCGCCAAAACUCCAACAUUUUCGCCAUGUUCGACCAAUCCCAAAUCGCCUCCUUCAAAGAAGCCUUCUCGCUCAUCGACCACGACUCCGACGGCUUCAUCGACAAAGAAGACCUCAAGGACAUGUUCGCCUCCCUCGGGUACCCCACCGACUCCUCGACGGACAACAUGAUCGACGCCAUGAUCGCCGAAGCCCCCGGCUCUAUCAACUUCACCAUGUUCCUCACCCUCAUGGGCGAGAAAAUGAGCGGCACCGACCCGGAACUGGAGAUAUUGCAGGCAUUUGAGAGCUUUGAUGAGGGGAAGACCGGGACGAUUGAUGCGGAGGUGUUGAGGGAGUAUAUGAUGAGCAUGGGGGAUAGGUUUACGGAUGAGGAGGUCGAUAUCAUGUAUAAGGGGGCCCCUGUCACGGGAGGGAGUGAGUUCAACUAUAGGGAGUGGGUUAGGGUGCUGAAGCAUGGCGAGUAGGGGAGUGGGAGAGGUCGGACGGAUGUGGCUUCCCGCGAGCACUUAUGCCUAUACGGUACGUUCAUUUGAACACCAAAGUGGGGAUAUAUGUGGGGUAAUGAAAACAAAUUAUCUACAAACUAUCUGAGUACGCAGACACGAUGAAAAGUGGAAUAUACGAAAAGGAGA